AUGCAUCAGGGUUCGGGUAUUCUUCCUGAGAAACAGAAUGAUGGACGCAAAAAAACAGCCCCUGACGACUCGAACCAGGAGAAUGAUCCCCAAAAAACCCUUUUGUCGAUUCACGAAGCUCUGGCUUGCAUGAUAAAGGAGACAAGGAAAAUGUCUGCGUUUUUAUUGGCCCACUGGUUUGGCAUAAUCUUGAGCAUCUCUUUUAUCUGUCCUGGCCUGUUUCUCUCUGAUAUGUUGGGAGUUUUCGGUCGUGUUAUUGGUGCUAAUGAUACAGGUGGUACAAAGCACUUACUUUAUUCAGAUUGGCACUGCUCCGUUUUCAUGAGCCAGGAGGGAGUCUAUGUGUUUUGUGACUCAGCAAAGUUCUCGCUAUCAUGUGAACCGCGACAAUUCUGCUCAAACACAUCCCAUUUGUUCAUUUUAUCUAAAAGUGGCAACAUCUUGUCAUUCUCCAAAUCGCAGCAUCUUAUCACUGCUGCUAACACACCACCUUUUCGAUCAAUUGCUGCUACUGAUGAUGAACUAUACUGCAUUUCAGCGGACGAGGUUCUCUCUGUUUAUUCGCUGAAUGGUUUUCCGAAUAAUCUUAAUACACACCGACCCCUUUCCAUGAAGAUAAAGAGCGUUGCCUGUGGGCCAGGAUUUGCUCUAUUUUUGACUCAUUCUGGAGCCGUAUUCAGCAAGGGAAUCGGCACUCGAGGCCAAUUAGGUCACGGGGAUUUAGAAACACGCACAUCACCGGAACUGAUUGCUGCACUGACACCCGUAACUGUUACGGCUAUUGCAUGUGGCUCCUGGCAUUCCGUUUGUCUAACAGACACGGGAGACAUUUAUACCUGGGGUUCAAACGAGUUCGGUCAGUUGGGCUGCCCGUCCCUGAACCUGGAGAGAUCAAGAAACCUAAAUGAUCCCCUUUUCUCAUCAGAUGCAUGUGUCAACUUGAGUGCACUGCCCGUGCCCGUCGACCUUCCCGAGGAUGUAUCGCUUGUGGAAGUCGUCAUACCGCCUGUUUGUCUGAGCAUAAGCAGCUACUCACUUUUGGCUGGAACGGCUUUGGGCAAUUGGGUUUCGACGCAGAACUACGGAAAAUGCCAGGACGCUACCCCCACCAAGGGGCCUCCGACAAAGUUAAUCGAACAAGUUUACCUUUCCCGUCUCAAUCCGAGCUGUCCCUCAGUUGCGGGUCAUGGUGCACCAUCGUCAGGGCAAUGGAAUGAAGAUUAA